AUGGUAAACAAGUCGGUCACAGCUAUGGGUUGCGUGUAUUCCCAACGUACCUCGGAUUUGUGGUGGGAACAGGUACAAGGCUAUCGAAAGAUUUUGCACUGCAGCACGUUCUGGAACUCGUUGUGGUGGAACAUAAUAAGAGGAGAUCUGAAAGGCCGAGUUCUCAUGGGACCGUGUCCGUCUGUUCGACCAAGAUAUCGUUCAGAUUCUAUACGAUGA